GGCCCUCCCUUAUUGUGCUCCCGUUCCCUCUAUUCUCCGUCCUUUUUCCUAUCCUCACUGUCGUCCUACCAGCUUUCCAUCUUUUUCCCAUCUCUAUCCAUCACAUUCUUUCUUUACUUGUUUCUUCCUCAUCUCGCCUCGAGCGUGCCUUUCACUCCUUCAAGGCCCUCGACCACAUUCAUUAAGCUUGUUGCGUUCAUUACCAUUUCAACUAUCUACGGUCCUUACCAACAGCAACCCCCUUUUCAAGCACACCCGGCCACACUGCCCAUCGGUGCAUCUACGAAGUAAUUCUAUAUUCAGCUGCCUGGAUCAGCGAAUCGAAGCCUUCUGCCGCCACGCACGAGAAAACACACAGACACCUACUCAACAUUGCUCACGAGCAAUCCAUUCUUUAGAACCAUCCUACCGACGCGGGUUAUCGAUGGACAUCAUGGAGCCCGUUUCCUCCGACCCAACCGACUUCUCGCCUGAGUCAACUCCUUCUCCAAUGGAUGCUCAGAGCACACCUCCUCAGACUUCGAGCAGCUCGACUUCAGCCCCUACCUCCUCGGCCCGCCGUCCACCUCGAAAGAGUACGUUGACACAACAGCAAAAGAACCAGAAACGACAAAGGGCAACACAAGAUCAGCUGGUCACUUUGGAAGCGGAAUUUGCGAAGAAUCCCACUCCCACUGCUGCCACUCGCGAACGUAUUGCUUCAGAAAUCAACAUGACGGAACGCUCCGUUCAGAUCUGGUUCCAAAACAGCCGACGACGAGCCAAGAUCAAGAUGAUUGCGAAGAAGACCCUAGAGAAUGGCGAUGACUGUGACAAUAUCCCAGAAUCCUUGAGGCAACUGCUGGCCAUGCAGGCCAUGGAAACUGGCAGGCCUUUCCCCGGUCAGCUACUCCGCCGUCCCGGUGGGCCUAUGGCUCAAUACGGGAGCGGUGGUAUGCUGAUGAAUGGAGAUCCUUCUGCUCAAGGCAAAGUUGUCAUUCAGCACUUCACCUGUCGAUCUUUGAGCAUCGGUUCUUGGAGAAGGGUGGGUCAGAACGCCAUGGACUUGGUCGUCUUCUACUCUCCGGACAAAGCCUGCAUCACGUACUAUAUCAACAAUGAUUCCGCUGGCUACAAGAUCGAAUACCCGUUCGCCUUUAUCAAGAGCAUUCAGUUGGAACCUGGUGAAACGGCGCCAACUGCUAACGGCUCUCCACCGCGACCGGGCGGGCUUAUCAUUGAGUUGAACAGGCCUCCCAACUUCUUCAUGGACUCGUCCAACUCUGGCGGCUUCUACCAAUGUGGUGACUUCACCGAGGAUCAACAAGCAUCCCAAAUCCUGACUCACCAGCUGGGAGGACAUCCCAAGGUGUUGAGCGGACAGCUUGCCAAGUUGGUGUCUCUCGAGUCCUUCCAGAAUCGACAUAACCCCUUCGAUAUGAAUGCUAUGCCGGCGUCUGCACCUGUGUCACCUACCAUGGGUAUUGUUCGGCCUGCAUCUCAGCCUUCAGUUCAAUUCGCCAGACCUCAUCCUCCUCACGUCGGAAUGUUUCAAGAGCAAUUCGGCGUCAGCCAACACCUCCACCCUGGUCGUAUACAUCCCGGUCACAAGCGUCAACGAAGUCGAUCAGUACCGAUCGCGCUCGACUUCUCCAUGCUUCAUGGACCGAUGCCGACUUUCCAUGUUCAGCAGCCAUCGCCGCAAAUGAUUCCCGAACAUCACAACCUCUUCCAGCCAAUGCCGCAGCAAUCUAUGCAGAAUUCUAUUGGGCCCACUCUGCAAAUCGAUACAUCUGCCGGUUAUGGCAUGGACUUCCGUCAGAUGCCCAUGUCAGCGACAGCCACUUCACCCUCAGAGUUUGCCAGCCCAGGUUUUUUCCCAUCACAUUCAUCGCAAGGACCAAUGCCAUCCUCUGAGUUUAGCACUCCACAACAUUUCAACAUGCCAUUCCUCUCACCUUCUCCCAUGGUUGACGGCCACAUGAUGCCAUCUUCAAUGUCUCCCAUGCCACAUAUGGGUCACCCUGAUCCAGUCAUCGCCAAUCAGUCGCCACCACUGUCAGCCCUGCAUAGAAGCGCUUCCGCCGACAUGUUCAACAUGGGUCAUGACGGCAAUGGCAUGAUGGACGAGACCUUGAUGCUCGGCGAGAUGUACUCGAAACAAAAUCUCAACAUGCCAAUGCCCAGUCCCGGGAUUGAUGAAAAGGGCAUGUUGAUGAUGAACGACAUGUCCGAAUUCCAUACUCCAAUGGAACACAUGGACAUGAAUCCCUUUGGCACCAUCGACCCCAACAGCUUGCAAGGUGGUCUACAUCACUGAAGUUGACGAGCCUUCCUGUAACAGUUUGAACGACCUUGAUGCCUUCCCUAGAAUCUAAAUGUUGCACCAUCUUUUGUUCCGCACAGAUUGGAAUACUCAUUUCAAUUCAGCACUGUCCGGACGGCGCGAAAAUCUGUUAUAUAUUGAUAUUCCUUGUUAGUGUGCGCGGCCAAGGUUGCCUGCUGUCUGAUAGCGUGGAUAGCUGUCAACUCUGUUCUUGCCUUGUUUUGUCUCUUUUCAGUCUGUCUAGUUACGCGGUCAUGCAUCAGAAACGACUUUUUUUGUUUGGUCUGGGUGUCGUUGGGUUUCCUUGUCGUUUCUUGGGGUGUGGAAUUUUUGGGCGAGUACAAAAAAGCAUCAAGGGAGAGCCUGUUGAAAUGGAACAAGGGAUCUUUCACACUCAUCUCUCCAUUCUAGGCAAUUUCCUGGUGGAAGAUGCAAUUUGUGUAGUGGGUACGGGGCUGGUAAUUUCUUCCAUACAAACACAAGUCCAUGGACAUCUUUGCUUCAUCCCAACCACGUUGGAUGGACAGCCUUUCGCAUUCUUGAAGGGAUAUUGGAGCGGACAGGUGGUAUGUGGUGGCCGGCGUAAAGAGAAGACUGCAAGUUCGAUGUACGCUGUGGCCGGGGCAAGCAGUGGACCGGUUUGGCGAGAAGCUCGAGGUAUCGGUUGGGUGGCAUAGCGGUGACUCUCAUCUCGCAGACCUGGCAAGGUCAAAGAGGACAGGAAAACGAAGCACGAAGGGAGGGUCCAAGGGCAGAUGGGCGAAGAUACAGCAUUAUAUCUUUCUACUAGUACCUUUAUUUCGAGGGGACAAUUUCGCAGCAUAUUGAUUUGUUUUGUACA